CUCCUUCAAAAGAAAUUUGGAUCAACUGACAAACCAUCAUUGCCAGGACUAGCACAGGCCACUGGGCCUUUUCUAUUUUCCGAAGUGAAACUGAAUUCUUGACUUCAGGCUUAACUGGGUUGCUAUCCUACAACUAAUUGCCGUUACAGCCAAAAGUUCAAAAUGGUUGAGAACGGAAUAAAAUAGUGUUGUCAGACGCUGAAUAUCUGAAAUAUCUUCAAGCACGUAACAGCUUAUUUACUAUGGGAGGUGCUUCACUCCUUAAGUUAUGGAUUUGCGAUACCACUUUACAUGGUGGAGUUAUGAAUGUCAGGGUCGUUGUGCAUUCACAAGACUGGUCUAAUAUCAAAUGCGUCUGUUUGGACGUAGACUCCACGGUUUGUGAAGAUGAAGGACUAGAUGAAAUUGCCAGUUACCUUGGAGUUACUGAUAGAGUUAAAAAAAUCACAGAGGAGGCUAUGAAUGGAGAAUUGGACAUUAAUAAGGCAUUAGAAGCCCGCUUAUCAAUAAUGAAUUUAAAUGUAAAGAAGCUUACUGACUUUUUAGACAACCAUCCAGUCAGAUUAACACCGGGUGUUGAAAAUCUUGUUAAUCAGUUCAAAGAAAAUGGGAUUGACGUUUAUUUAGUAAGCGGCGGAUUAUAUCCGUUAGUUAAUCGCGUAGCCAAAUUGUUCAAUAUUCCUGAAGAAAAUGUUUACGCGAACAAGCUGAUUUUCAAUGACGAAGGCACAUAUGUCGGAUUGGAUCAUAGUGCACCAACUAGUCGUUCUGAUGGUAAAGCUUUAAUCGUUAAUGAAUUACUGAAUAAAUUGCAUACUCCAGUUAUGAUGAUAGGUGAUGGAAUGACAGAUGCAAAAGCUUGUCCACCAGCUUCUGUAUUUAUCGGUUUCGGUGUCAAUGUUAUUCGUCCUAAAGUUAAAGCUAUGUCCAAUUAUUUCUGUACAUCUGUGGAAGAAUUAAUCAACUUGUUGAAAAACCAUAAAAUGUUACUAUGAAAUUAUAUGUUGUAUAUAUGAUUGUACUUUAAACAAACUAAUACAAAUAUUCUUCAUUAACCAUUCCUAAACACUGUUUAUCUAAUAUGUUUUACUACAGUAUUUUAUAUAAAAAUUAAUUUAGUAUUAUUUUUGUGUUUGAUAAAAUAGUCUCACUAUUGGCUAAUCUUUUUUACUUUUCAAAACGGCAAUAAACAAUUAUCAUUAAAAAGAAUAAUAAAUACAGGAAAUUUAUAAACUAAUUUAACAAGGAAAAACUUCGCACAUGGUUCAUGUUGAUACAUUUUAUUCAUAAAAGAAUCAGUAGAAAAAAAUAGAUCAAAGGAAAAAACCUCCGAUACAUACUUGCUCCCAAAUGCCCUGGUACGGCCCAGAGUGGUGAGAGUCCGCUCUCCC